CCUAACUACCACUUGCGAAAGGUUAUCUUAAAUUAAAAGCUAAAGGAAAAUCCCAACAAAUUCAGAGGGGAAAAAGAAAAGAAGAACGAAAAAGGCAAUCAAAUUGUCACACCACAGAAGCAACUUUAUAUCCCGUGUUCUUUUUUAUCUGACUCUCGAUUCCAGCCCAGUUCUUCCAUAGUAAUUAUGAUUCUCUAGCCAACUCUCUCUCUUUCUCAUCAGUUUCCUGGAUUUGUUUCUCUCGGACGUGGUGCAGGAAGUUUCAAAUUAGUCCGUUGUACGUCCUCUUUCGGACGAUCUCUUACACCAACUGUCCGGAAUACAAACAGACAAAACACCAGAACAAUUUAUAGUCCACUUUAAAGUUCCGGUACUGCAAAAGGGUCUCUUUCGUGAAGCGCCUCGUUUAGUCUUAUGGAUAUAGAAAUGCAAGCACCCAGCCUGGGAAUGAUUGGUGGUGGCAGUACCGGUGGUUUUAGAGGUGAAGUGGCAGUUUCCGGCGAGCACCAACGCCAAUUCAAGGCGGAGAUAGCCACUCACCCACUUUAUGAGCAGCUUCUGGCGGCCCAUGUGGCGUGCCUCCGUGUCGCCACUCCAAUUGAUCAGUUACCAUUGAUCGACGCGCAGCUAGAUCAGUCUCACCAUCUUCUGCGGUCGUAUGCCUCGCUGCGUACCCAUUCCCUCUCUCCCCAUGAGCGUCAAGAGCUCGACAACUUCUUGGCACAAUAUUUGUUAGUUUUGUGCAGCUUCAAAGAACAGCUUCAACAACAUGUCCGAGUCCACGCCGUUGAGGCUGUCGUGGGUUGCCGUGAAAUUGAAAAUACCUUGCAAGCCCUCACUGGGGUGAGUCUGGAUGAAGGUACGGGUGGAACAAUGUCGGAUGAUGAGGAUGAUCUGCAGAUCAUGGAUUUCGCUUUAGAUCAAUCUGGUGCUGAUGGGCAUGACAUGUUGGGAUUUGGUCCGCUGCUUCCGACAGAAUCUGAAAGGUCGCUGAUGGAGAGAGUUAGACAGGAAUUAAAGAUUGAACUGAAGCAGGGUUUUAAGUCAAGAAUUGAAGAUGUAAGGGAGGAGAUACUGAGAAAAAGAAGGGCAGGAAAGUUACCGGGUGACACAACAAUUGUAUUGAAGAAUUGGUGGCAGGAACACUCAAAAUGGCCUUAUCCUACUGAAGAUGACAAGGCAAAACUUGUAGAGGAGACAGGCUUGCAGCUGAAGCAAAUCAAUAAUUGGUUCAUCAAUCAAAGAAAGCGCAACUGGCACAGCAACUCUCAGUCUGUGACCUCUUUGAAGUCCAAGCGCAAAAGGUAGACAAAUAUUUGAAGUACAAGAGGACCGACCAACUUAAUUUCUUUAUGUCGAUAAACAGUACUACGUAUAAUGUUGUUGACCAGGCCGGGUGGUAAAUACUCAAGCUGACUCUGUCCGUCCGUGGAAGCCAUGAAGGCAAUUUUCUUGGAAUGUUUGUAAAAUUCGAAAUCAAGCAUGCAUGCACAGAAUUAUGUAGUAGAUUAAUGUGUAUUAAAAUACAUAGCUAACAUGUGAUGAUGUUGUAUC